AAGUUUUCAUCAUCACUAUUUAAGGCAUCUCUUGCCUCUUUUUGUGAACAACCCAUUUCAUAUCAGCAUCAGACACAUAAUAAAGAUUUGUGCUAUUUGUUAGUAACAAUGGAGGGUCAGGGUAAGGCCAUGAUGAUGGAAGGGGUGGAAAACAGCAAAGGAAGAGAAAAAGCUGCUGUUGGGGGUGCUUGUGAUUUGGUCUUGAGGCUUUUGGCCUUGGCUCUGACUCUUGCUGCUGCUAUUGUUGUUGGGGUGGAUAAUCAUACCAAGGUUGUUCCAAUUAAGAUUCUGGAUGGUUUACCCCCUGUGAAUGUUCCUGUUCCUGCUAAGUGGCAUUACCUCUCUGCCUUUGUCUACUUUCUAGUGGCAAAUGCAAUAGCAUCUACAUAUGGAGCCUUCUCUCUGGUCCUUGCCAUAAUAAAUAAGGGUAAAAGCAGAGGGUUAGGGUCAUUGAUCACUGUCCUUGACGCAUUGAUGGUAGCUUUGCUAUUUUCCGGCAACGGAGCCGCCAGCGCAGUGGGUGUGCUUGGGUACUAUGGAAACUCUCAUGUGCAAUGGAAGAAGGUCUGCAAUGUCUUCGACAACUUUUGUCACCAAUUCGCUGCUUCUGUUCUUCUCUCCUUGCUAGGAUCAGCAGCAUUCCUCUUGCUAGUGUUGCUUCCUCUGUUGAGGCUUCAACGGAGGAAUUAGUAAAUGUAGCUAAUCUAUGCAUGUUUGUUUUCACAGUUUGCGCAAAAUUCUAGACAUAUUUACUUAAAAGUUAAGACUUAUACUUCUAACUAGAAGUGAUUCCGAAACAUUUUACUGUGUAGCGAAACAUGUUAUCUAUUGAUGUUAUUUGUCCG